GAGUCUUUGGAGUAUUCCCCAGUUCCUCUAUGGAGUUCUCUUGAUCUUCUACCUUUAUACCAUCUGGUAACUGAAGUAAGUCAAGAAAAAGGUACGAAAGUUCAGAUGGCUAUGAACUUAGCUUUGAAGGGUCAAUUUAUUUUUACCCAACCGACAGUUGAUAAUAGGAAUACAGUUGGUACGUCCAAUAGCACUGGUGGUGGUUGUUUCCAUGAAGAUUCUCUAGUAUUGCUCCACAAUAAAAAGCGAAAACGUAUAAAAGAACUCUUAGUUGGUGACAAGAUUCUGACCAUCGACAACAAUGGGACCCUUGUACAAGACGAAGUAAUUGCAUGGAUUCAUCAAGUAAAGACCGGUCAGUAUAUAUUUCUUCAGAUUGUUCAUGACCUUGGCAUGAUCACACUGACUCCGGAGCAUAUUAUAUUUGUAGGAAAGAGUCGAAACCCACAACAUGCUUCCAAUCUAAGACCAGGAGAUGAAUUAAGCUUUUUCACAACUCAUGAUGACCGUCAAACAGUAACCAUGGCUAUUGUUUCGUCUAUACAUAAGGUAGAAGGAAGAGGAAUUUAUGCUCCAUUGACGUACAGUGGGCGUCUCCUGGUAGACAACGUUGAUGUCAGUUGUUACUGUAUCCUUAAUCCACUUCAGGCUGCUGGAAGGGAGAUCAUAUCAUCUCAUACACUUGCACAUGCUGUUUUUUUCCCAUUGAGGUUGGCUUUCAAAUUUGGUUUAAACAUCAGUUCCAGCGAAUUUAUCGACGAAUGUGGAAUUCAUAGCUAUGCACGAUUGCUUAUGAACGUUAUACUUUGGUGAAUGUACCAUUUGUUAGAUGUAA